AUGGUGGGAGCAAGAAGGCAGUUGGAGGCAGAGGAUACUGAAAGUCUAAUGGAGGAGGAGGAGUGGGCCAAAAUUAUUCAAAAGAUUGAUGUUCAUGUUAAAGAAGAUAUGGGCGGUAAAAGGUUUGCCCGAAGAUUGGAAGUUGGUGGUAGUGGUCCCGCUUUACAAGAAAGGUCUAAGAAAGAAAAAGUUUUUGCAAGCUUCGUGGAUCUAACUGCGGCUUUUGAUACGGUUAAUAGAGAGAUGCUUUGGGAGGUGAUAGAGGAGGAAGGCAUAAGCAAAUUUUCAAUUGAAAGAAGGAAAGAAUUAUAUGAAGAAACGAUGGUUACGAGUUUAAAAGGUGUGAUGCAGGAGUGCGUGCUAAGCCCCAUCCUGUUUUGCAUUUGUAUAGCUGCUUUAGAAAAAGAAUAUAAAAAUAGGAAUGUAGGUGGGGUAGUUAUUGGAGGAAUAAGGGUAUGGUCGUUAGCUUAUGCGGACGAUCUAGUCCUACUAGCAUUAAACAGGGAGGCAGUGUUAGAUAUGUUGGGAGUAUUAAAGAGAUUUUUGGAAGGCAGAGAUUUGAUUCUAAGCGUAGUGAAGACAAAAAUUCUAGUGUUUAAUAAAGGUAGGAACAGUUGGAAAGAAAAAUGGCUGUAUAAGGGAGAGGAGAUGGAGGAGGUUAAAUCUGUUAAAUAUUUAGGUUUUAUCUUUAAUAGGGAAGCGAACUUUAAAGAUCAUAUAGAGGAGCUUCAAAAAAAAAAGGAUUAUUUCGGCGAAAAGAGUGUGGAGGCUGGGGGAAAGAAGGUGUAA